CUGUUGGUGCUGCAUGGGUGUUGCUCAUGAGGUCACCCUUGCUUUAUUUUUGCUUAAAGGAGACGCGACAAAGCGCACUGGAAGACGACGGUAUAGAGGCGUGCAAAUAGUGUGGUUUGCUAUAGCUUUAAGAACAUAAAAAUAGUGUCGGGUUCUUUAAAAAUGAAUUUUGCAUAGUUAUCAUAGAUAUUAAAUAAGUUUUGAGCAAAUGUUAAAUAAAUAUAUGCAUCUGAUUUUCAGCAGAGACUGAAGCCCUCAGUGAAACAUGUUUGCCAGUCGGAUUAGGGCCUUUAAUAAUCAAACUGUUACCUUAUUUUACACUCAACCUUUCUGCCUUCUCAAACCAAGAAAUUAUAAUUAACUCUUCGGGACUAAAGGUAGGAUACAUUAUAAUAUAUCCGCGGUUAUGGAACCGCAAAUGUCUGAAACAGUCGGUAACAAAGAGGAGAGGCAGCUAGCAAUAGCUAAGGAGGAGGCCGCGCAAACAUCCCCGUCCCAGGGUGCCGUGUCCAGCCCGCGGAGAGCAUUAAGAGGACGCGGAGCAUAUCGCCUUAAGACCGAGGUUUCCAACUCGCCAAAUAGGAACGGCGCUGCAUCGAGCACCCCCGCGUCUGGUCGGGUUUUACGUGACCGAUCAACCCGAGCAGUGCCGGCUUGGAGGCUUAACGAGGCCAGCGAGGAUACGGAGGAGCCUGGCCGUGAUCCCGAUUCUAACCGACGGAGAAAACCUGCAAAUCCUCGGCGGCGAAGAAACACUGCAGCUGCUAGCACCACAGAGGUGGGCAGUGAGACUGGGGAUUAUUCCAGGCCGGCUACAGGUGAAGAAAGUAAAAGGGAUUCCACAGUUACACGAGCCCCUCGCUCUAGACGAAGCCAGGCUCAGGGCCGAUCAAAGACCCCCUCCACUCGGCAGGCUGGUGGGUCACCCAGGGUGGUCUGUAAAAGUGAGCCAGACGCUGACACAUUCUGUGUUGUGACAGAUAAGACAGCUGGGAGGAAAGCAGUGGGCAAGGAAAAGAAGGAGGAUGAGGACUGUUCUGAGAAAGCACAUCUCCCUGAGGAGGAAGAGGAACCACCAUUCCGAGCUGACUCACAAGACCAGAACUACCACCCUCAGUCUCAGAGUGGAGGAGAGGAGGGGUUAAGCAGUGAUGAAGACGUACCCUUCAGGGACGACCUGAAUGACCAGAGCUAUGACCCAAAGGCUGAGAGGGACCCACAUAAACCAAGGCGCAAGCACCCUUCCCGAAAUAAGGAGAGAAAAGAAAGAGCUCCACCCAGAGACAAGGAACCUGAGAUAAAGACAGAGGGUGGUGAAAGUGGAGAUGUGAAGCUGGAAAAUGAGUUUGGAGAAGUCGCAGAGCCACCCAGGAAGAGGGGUAGGCGGCGAAAGGAUGACAAAAGUCCUCGGCUUCCAAAAAGAAGGAAGAAGCCACCAGUGCAGUAUGUGCGCUGUGAGAUGGAAGGGUGCGGGACUGUGCUGGCUCACCCUCGCUACCUUCAGCACCAUAUUAAAUAUCAACACUUGUUGAAGAAAAAGUAUGUGUGUCCUCACCCCUCUUGUGGUAGACUGUUCCGGUUGCAGAAACAGCUUCUGCGUCACGCCAAGCACCAUACAGAUCAGAGAGACUACAUCUGCGAGUUCUGUGCUCGUGCCUUCAAAAGCUCACACAACCUGGCUGUGCAUCGUAUGAUUCACACUGGGGAGAAACCACUGCAGUGUGAGAUCUGUGGCUUCACAUGUCGCCAGAAGGCAUCUCUGAACUGGCACAUGAAGAAGCACGAUGCUGACGCCUUCUACCAGUUCUCCUGCGGCAUUUGUGGCAAGAAGUUUGAAAAGAAGGACAGUGUGGUGGCCCAUAAGGCCAAAAGCCACCCAGAGGUGCUGAUCGCUGAAGCACUAGCCGCAAAUGCCGGGGCCCUCAUCACCACCCCUGGAGCUCUGCUAGAGGCCUCCUCCUCUAACCCGGUGUCUGGGGUGGAGCAGCAGCAGCAGCAGCAGCAGCAGCAGCAGCAGCAGCCAGAGACCCAGGUGGUGGUUGUGGGCGAGGACACCCAUACCCUCCAUACCAUGCAGGUCCCAGUCACACUCGCCAUGCAGCCCGCCACUGAGGACGAGGGUAACAGCGUCAGCUCGCAGGAGCACCAGGCGUCUCAUGCUGCUCUGCCUGCCCACACCCACGCGCUGCAAAUGCCCCUUCAGUUUGUGUCCACGGUCUCACCGACUGUCACUCAGGCUCCCCAGAUCCACCAGCUGACCCUGCACUCCGGCCAGACUCUUGUGACCCAGCAGAAGCACCAGCCACAGCAGAUCACCCUGCAAGCCUACAGUCCACAGAUGCAGACACAGAUCCUCCAUAUGACCUUCCAGCCUGUGGCCCAGAGUGUUCCCGCACAGCAGCAGCAGGCUCACAUUCAGCAGCUUCCCUUGCUCUCAGCCACCCCUCAACAGCAGCUUACCCUCCAGCCAGUGGCCCAACAUCAGCAGCAGCAAAGUCAAGCUGUCCAGAGGGCCCCAGACCCAGGGCACCCUGCGAACCCCACUCUCCUCACCCAAGUAGUACAGGAGGACCCCACUGACUGCCGGGAGACUUUGGGGUUUAGCCAUGACCCAGCACCUUCUUCCUCCUCCCCCCCUCCCUCUAAUUCUUCCUCUGCUCAAGAGCCAGGAGACACAGGUGUAGUGUGGGAGGGGGGCGAGAAUGGGGAAACGGGGGACAUUGGAGGGGUUUGGGAAAGGAGCAGUGAAGGGGGAGGGCCGGUUUUGACCCAUGGAUCAGAAGGUCAGGUACAACAUGGACUCAUAUAGAUAGCAGGUAUGAAUGAUGUGUAGAGAAAGAAGAGAUGAGUCUGGAAUUCUGUCAAGCAAAUAUUUAACCAACAAACUCACUAGAGAUCCAGUAGGAUUCGGUCAGACAUUUUUGCCUGAUGUGACAUUCUGGCCUAAAUGAAGACUUCAUACCCCGAUCCCAUCUUCUUACUGUACCCUUAUGACACAAAACCGUAUAGGAUCACAAAUAUCUUGUAUGUAAUCAGCGUAACAUUUGGUAGGUUUUUAGAACAGUCUGUAUCAGGGAAAAUUGUGUUUAAGUUGUCAUUGUUUUUUGUACAUAAACAGUUUUAGUCCUCUAUAACCAUCACAAUAUUGUGUGUGUGUUUAGUUGAUUGAAAGACACUGGGUAUCUGGAUUUUCAAUAUAAAAUAUGGAAGUCCACUGGCAUAUCUGCCAUGUAUCCUUCUUUUUUCAUUCUGACUUACCCGCUUUGUUACUUCACACCUGUGGAUUACUGUGUAUUUACUUGCUAAAAUCACAUCAGAAAGCACCAAAAGAACAUAUAUUUAUUAACCACAUCAGAAUGAAAUAAAAGCUGCAAUAGAA